CCGCUAAACUUCUGGGCACAAAUUUCCGCCGCGGGAAAAGACGUUGAGGGGGAAGUUAGUUUGUGGAGCCCUUAUGGUUCUCUGAGCUUCGUUGUUUUCUUGCAAACUUUUCAUUACCCGGCUAGGUUUGCAAGAAAACUCAGAGAACCCCAAGGGCUCCACAGUUCAACCCUGAGCUACACAUAUUCGUUUCUAUUGGAAGUUAGUUUCUCUGCGCCGCCCCGCCCCGCCUUUCGAAAAAGUACAAGGAUGCGGUCGUUGCGCCAUUCUCCCCUUUUUAGAGGAUUCUGGAAGGUGAGCUACCGGCCUUCCCGUUGUCGUCUUCUGUUUCCAACCUUCGGCUGAGAGACAGCUCCCUUUACAGUUUACCUGCUCCAGUAAAGAUGGAACUGUUGAAAGAUUCUUACGCUGAUACAACCAGUGAUGGAAGAAGUAGAAAGAUCAAAGAAGAGAUACCAAUUAGUGAUGAAUAUAAUUAUCUGCCUGGAAACGAUCUUCCUGAGGAAGCUCCAACAAGCUACAAGGAUGCAAGCGAAGAAGAACGAGAAUUCACUGUGACAUUAGAUGACAGUGGGAAGAAGCACGUAGUGAGAGGCAGGCUCUCUGACAAUGUGCUUACUGCCCUCAAGGCUACUAACCAUGUUUGUGCCUGGAUGGACGGAAAGGAGACGGAAGAAUUCUACUUAAUAGAGAAGAAAAAGAGUGAUAAUAUCUGCAUCAAUCUGGGAAUGCCUUUAAAGUAUGUACCUGAAGGCUCACAAUAUGAAAUGAAGCAGUACAAGCUAAAGGAAGAUGAGAAAACUGACGAAUUAUGGUAUCGCCAAUAUGACAGUAGGGAAGAAGAAUGUAUAUUGUUCUAUGUUCGUGGAACCGGUUCUAGAAUGGGAACCUGUGGAGCACAAACCCGCAGGGUAAUUAGAUGCUCUAAGGUGCUUAAAGCACACUGCAUAUUUUGUGUCUUUGCCCCCAAAGGAGAAUCCAUAAGAGAUGCUGUGUGCAAUGAUGGCCGCUUUGUGCCGCUGCUAAAAGAAAUGGACUGGGAACUGACUGUAGGUGGAGAAACCAGGCAAAACAAUUAUUUAGUUGACAACUUACAGGGUAAGGUUUUUGAAAUUGAGGUGCAGACUAAGAGGGGUGCCAAACGCAGAGAUGGUCCAAAUAAGAAACAGAACCGUUUAGCUUCUUCCAAGGGCCAGCCGAAUGUUUUUAAAAAGCCACAGCAGCAGCCGCAGGACUUUGAGCAGGGCCAGCCGAAUGUUUUUAAAAAGCCACAGCAGCAACCGCAGGACUUUGAGCAGGGCCAGGCGAAUUUUUUUAAAAAGUCACAGCAGCAGCCACAGGACUUUGAGCAGGGCCAGCUGAUUCCUUUUAAAGAGCGUGUCCUGGUUUUGUAUCCUAAGCUGAUGGAGCUAAGACAAAUCACUGACGAUUUUUUAAAAUUGUUGAAAAAGGAUGACUUUGAAGUUUAUAAAAGACAGUUUGGCAAGGAGGUAAAUGAUUCUCUUUCAGUCAAUAUGAUGAGGACUCUUACUAGCUAUAGUAAUUCAGUUGGGCAUAUAGUAUCGAGCAGUAUAGCAAUGGAUUACGGAACUUGCUUUGUUCUCAGUGGUAGAUAUAUACUAACUUGCCACCAUGUAGUAAAGUUGAUAGUUGGAGCAGGAAUUGAAGAAAAGGACUGGGGAAACAGAAUUAAGCGGUUAGCCUGCGUGACUUUCUCUCAUGAAGACAAUCAUACUAAAGGAAACAGUUACUUCUUUUUUGAGAACUGGUUUGAAAUAUCAGAUGAGGAUCUUGAUUUUGCUAUCCUGAAAUUGGAAGAAAAUGAAAGUCCUCUUCCACCAGGAUUGCUCCAAUUACGUUUCCCACUACCACAAGACGGUAUCAUUUUUAUCAUAGGUCACCCAGAUGGAAAAAUCAAGUCUGUGGAUAUCUGUCUUGUUAUCAGUAUAUUUGAACGCUCCCGUAAAUUGAAAGAUCGUUAUGAGCAAGGCCAGAAAAUUGAAUGCAGCAACGCUGUGUGUGGUUACCUUAGAGAGUCAAGAUGUAUCCAUAAGUUUAUGCCAGAAGAUUUUGAAAGAGUUCGCAAUGAUCCUAAUAUUGUCAGUUACGAUACCUCUUUUUUUUGGGGAUCAUCAGGUUCACCUGUGUUUAACAAACGUGGUGAGCUUGUUGCUUUGCACACUGGUGGAUUUGCUUAUAAAAUGGGAAACAGAGAGGAUGGCCUAAUUGAAUAUGGCCAUUCAAUUCAUUCAAUCCUUUUGAAAAUUGAAUCCAAAUUUAAAACUUUGUAUGAUGCUAUAAUCGCUCCUCCUCCUUUGACUGGUUCUAAUGCAAGGGAAAAUAGCUUACAUGUUAAUACAUCUCUGAAUGAGACACAGGAGAAAAUGGAUACCAGUUAAUAUUGUUAAAGUUCAACCCACUUGUCCCCCAAAAAUGAAAUUGUAUGAAGGAAAAUUAUUUGCCAAAGUUCUGCUUUCUUUGGAGUUAUAACAGUUUGUAAUAGUUACAUUUAUUUUCAAAUAUGUAGGCUGAGCAUAGUGGCCACUCUACAUUAAAUUCUCUAACAGAUGCCUCAAAGUUUAGUGCUCUCCAUUGCAUUUUUAGAGCUCCCAGUAGCAUAAAUUCUUUUGUAGUCGUGUCUCUGUAUCCCAGCUAUCUGUACUUCUUCCUUUAUGCAAAAACUAAAUUAUCAUAUUUGAGAGAGAAGAAGAAUGGAACUAAGGCAGGUUCCCAUUAGUGACUUACAACAUUUUCUAAUACCAUCCAGUCAUUACUUGUUGUUCAGUCAUUAAGUCAUGUCUGACUCUUCAUGACCCCAUGAACCAUAUUGCGGCAGGCCUUCCUGUCC